UGUCACUGUUCAAUCCUGUAAAAUGAAAUGUUUUUGGUGAAUGUUAUACAGUUACAUUCUGUAAAUGUAAUGUAAUGUAAAUGUCUGUGUUGUGGAGCCUCUCUGGAGAGGUGGUGGAGGGGCCCCUGUCGGACCCGGGCCCCCUCUGAGAGACACUGCAGUGAGCUAUUUAUGGUCUCCACAGGAACAAGGUCCCGCCUCUCAUCUGACAUUUUCAUAAACCACGGUCCUCCUCCUGCCUUUUUCUGCUCACUCUUACACCUAUGGAGGAUGCUUUCCGUCCCCUGGGGGCCUCCUCUUCCUGCGCGCCCAUUGGCCCGCUGGCGAGGCUCUACCGCGGUGACGUCAGGCUCCACCGCCCCUGCAGCGCUCAAUGGACCGGGCAGCCUGUCUGAUCUACUCCAAAACAGCUCGGCACGGCGCGGCACGGACAUCAUUCCCGGGGAAUAGAGAGAUAACGGGGGGCUUGACGGGACAGUGAGGGUGAUCCGCCUGCAGAGAGGAGAAAGGCCUCCGCAUCAUCAUCCUCACCACCACCACCAUCAUCAUCAUUAUACUUUUUUUUCUCCACGAGGCAGGACGGGGGAGUGCGCCCACCGUGUUGCGGGUGUAUGACCGUGCGUUUGUCUCCCAGUUUGGAUCACGAUGAUGCAAAGUGCGGCGGUGCUACCGACAGAGAGUCCUGUUAAGAGUUUACCGGAGAUUCUCGGAGUGCCACUGCAACAAAUCCCUCAGUGCGCCGGCUGCAGUCAACACAUCCUGGACAAGUUCAUCCUGAAGGUGCUGGACAGACACUGGCACUCCAAGUGCCUCAAGUGCGCAGACUGCCAGACUCCGCUGGCGGACAAGUGUUUCUCCCGAGCAGGAGGAGUCUACUGCAAAGAGGACUUCUUCAAGCGCUUUGGGACAAAAUGUGCAUCGUGCCAACAGGGGAUCCCGCCAACGCAGGUUGUGCGGAAGGCACAGGACUUUGUGUAUCACCUGCACUGCUUUGCCUGUAUUAUGUGCAGCCGACAGCUGGCCACUGGGGACGAGUUUUACCUCAUGGAGGACGGGAGGCUGGUGUGCAAGGUGGAUUAUGAGACGGCGAAACAAAACGAUGAUUCGGAGGCAGGAACCAAGCGACCGAGGACCACGAUCACUGCUAAACAGCUGGAGACCCUGAAAAGUGCCUACAAAAACUCGCCGAAGCCAGCGCGCCACGUCAGAGAGCAGCUUUCCUCGGAGACGGGUCUAGACAUGAGAGUAGUGCAGGUUUGGUUCCAGAACCGACGAGCAAAGGAAAAGCGGCUGAAGAAAGACGCAGGUCGGCAUCGCUGGACUCAGUUUUAUAAAAGUGUCAAGCGCAGCCGCGGAGGAGCUAAAGUGGAGAAGGAAAGCUCAGCUGACGACGCGGGACUCAGUGACAGUGAGCUGAGCUUCAGAGAAGACCAGGUGCUGUCAGAUCUUGGCCACACCAAUGGGCUUUAUGGGAGCGUUGGUGACGUGACCAACAGCACGGUGCUCAACGGCGGCUUCUCUGUCGACGCAGCAGGCCAGCCUUACCACGACAUUCGAGCAGGAAGCCCGUACGGUCUCCCUCAGUCACCCUCCUCCAUCACCUCCCUGUCCGGCCACACUCCUCUCCUUAACAACCUGGGCUUCAACAUGGACAGUCUGGUGGUGCAAGGCGGUGCAGGCGGAGUGGGACAGGCUCUGAGGGCCAUGGCAGGAGGUCCCACCUCAGACCUCUCUACAGGCAGCAGUACAGGAUACCCUGACUUCCCCACCAGCCCUGCCUCGUGGCUGGACGAGAUGGACCAUUCCCAGUUUUGAGUUUCGUCCACAGAAGAAGAUUGUUGUCCGGUCGUACGACAAAACAGACUCACAAGGCUUUUUUUACAUUUCUUUCUAUCACCCUCCAAGACUUGGUUUGUUGUGCGAUGCUGGGUGAAGUACAGAAGGAAGAGAUGACUCUUAAGCAAGUCCAUCGGCGGUGAAGGAACCGCCUGGGUCAAAGCGUGUAGUCCGGAGAAAAGCAGUGAAGAACUCUCAAUGUUCAGUCUCAACAUUGUAUCAUACAGCUUUUUGUUAUCACCUCACUUUAUUUUGUUCUUUCACUCUCUGAAAAUGAGAAUGGAUUUCCAAUAUGUCAGUGGAUUACACUUCACAGGGGAGGUAAUAUUGUCUCGUCCCCCAAAAAUAAGUCGCCAACAGCUGCAACAUUAGGGCUAAAUCUGUAGAUCUAUGUCCCUAUGAGACCCAGGGGGCACCUGCAUGCUUCUGAUUCAUGAGUAGAAAUGAGUAGGACUGCUGUCCGGCUACAUCAAAGCCUUUACAUUGGCAAUGCACUUUAUUCUCCUCUUCUUUUUCUACACUUAGGGACAGGAAUGCAGAGGAAAAAGAGAA